ACGUGACCUGGGAGGAAGUUUGGGGACCUGGGUCAGCAGGUUGGCAGCUCCUGGCCCACUGUGUGGGUGAAGCUAUGGUUCAUGAGCAGAGCCAGGGAGCUGCGCUGCUGUGGCUGCUGCACCUUCUGUGGCUGCUGCCCCACUCGUGGACCGCCUUUCAAGCUCCUACUCCGGGAUGGCGGGAUGAUCUGCAGAACCACACGUUCCUGCACACGAUGUUCUGUCAGAAUGCGAGUCCCAGCGUGGGACUUUCUGAGGCCUAUGAUGGGGACCAGCUUUUCUCCUUCGACUUUUCCCAGAACACUCGAGUGCCUCGCCUCCCUGAAUUUGCCGACUGGGCUCAGAAGUCUGGAGAUACUCCCAACAUUUUAUUUGACAAAGGAUUCUGCCAAGCCAUGAUCCAGGAAAUAGGCCCACAACUUGAAGGGCAAAUCCCAGUAUCUAGAGGGUUUCCUGUCGCUGAGGUGUUCACGCUGAAGCCCCUGGAGUUCGGCAAGCCCAACACGCUGGUGUGUUAUGUCAGCAAUCUCUUCCCGCCCGCACUGACGGUGAACUGGCAGUAUUAUUCAGCCCCUGUGGAAGGAGCCGGGCCCACUUUUGUCUCAGCCGUUGAUGGACUCAGCUUCCAGGCCUUUUCUUACUUAAACUUCACACCGGCACCCUCUGACCUUUUCACCUGCACGGUGACUCAUGAAAUUGACAGCUACACAGCAAUUGCCUAUUGGGUUCCCCAGAAUGCGCUGCCCUCAGAUCUUCUGGAGAAUGUGCUGUGUGGUGUGGCCUUCGGCCUGGGGGUGCUGGGCAUCAUUGUUGGCUUGGUCCUCAUCAUCUACUUCCAAAGACCUUGCUCGAGUGACUGAUUCUUCCUGACCAGAGUCUGAUGCCAGCAACUUCGGCCAUCCUAGCAGGGGGUACUCAGCUUUCUCACAUCAUGCCCAGGAUCGCUCCUUCCCAGGGCAGAAGGCCUUGGGAUGGCCCCAGUGUGUGUGUGUGUGUGUGUGUGUGUGUGUGUGUGUGUGUGUGUAUACAGGUUUCUCAGCUGGGGGCUCUACUGUCCCCGGGCUUGCAUCCAGGGGAACCCAGAGAGGUCUUCCUAUCAUUACCCACUUUAGGAUAAUAAACCUCAUUACUUCAUA